UAUUAAUUUAAGAGAUAAUUCUAUAUUUUUGAAUUAUAAUGUUGACCAUGUUAUCUAAAGGAAAAUUAAUGCAGUUUCAACAAUGCAUUUUACAACUAUAAAUAGUCCAAGAACAAAGUCCAAUAUUAUUAAUUCUAACUGUUACUUCUCCUCUACCUCAGUUGGUUGCUCACUUCCCCAAAAAAUAAAAUAAAAAGACAAAUAUCAAUUUGGAGAAUGGAUACUGUAGAAAUGAAAGAUCUUGAGUCUCCCAAUUUAGGGAAUGAAAGAAAAUAUGAUGAAGUAUUUGUACAAGUGAAGAAGUUAUUGGUAUUAGCAGGGCCAUUAAUGUUAGUAAAUAUUUUGUUAUAUAGUUUACAAGUGAUAUCUGUUAUGUUUAUUGGUCAUCAAGGAGUGUUAGCUCUUUCUGGUGCUUCAAUGGCUACUUCCUUUGCCUUUGUCACCGGCUUCGGCUUGUUGAUGGGAAUGGGAAGUGCGUUGGAAACACUGUGUGGUCAAUCAUAUGGUGCGAAUCAAUGUCAUAUGCUUGGGAUUCAUAUGCAACGGGCGAUGUUUGUUAAUCUUCUGGUUAGCAUACCACUUGCCUGUAUUUGGGCUAGUGCAGGACGUAUUCUUGUAAUACUGAGACAAGAUCCAGAAAUAGCAGCUGAAGCAGGAAUUUAUUCACGCUUCAUGAUACCGAGCAUCUUUGCUUAUGGCCUACUUGAAUGCCAGAUUAGGUUUCUACAAGCUCAAAACAAUGUCCUCCCUAUGGUGCUUACUGCAGGAGGCACCGCGAUGCUACAUGUUUUCGGUUGUUGGAUUCUUGUGUCCAAAACCGGACUUGGCAGCAGAGGUGCUGCUCUAGCUAAUGCUACGUCUUACUGGAUUAAUGUGUUCUCGUUAGCUGCAUAUAUUAAGUUAUCUCCCUACUUCAAAAGUACUUGGACCGGAUUCUCAACCGAGGCAUUUUCUGAUAUCCCAAGAUAUCUUAGACUAGCAAUUCCUUCCGCUCUCAUGCUUUGCUUGGAGAUAUGGUCGUUCGAAUUGAUGGUUCUGUUGUCUGGUCUUCUUCCAAAUCCGAAACUAGAAAUGUCAGUUCUUUCCAUCAGCCUUAAUACAUCUGCUAUGGUACAUAUGUUGCCUCAAGGACUAGGUGGGGCUGCAAGUGUAAGAGUUUCGAAUGAAUUAGGAGCUGGACAACCAAAAACAGCUCGUCUUGUAGCACGUACUGCAACAAUCUUAGCUACUACAGAAGGCAUUCUGCUAGCUAUAGUCAUGAUUUCGAUCCAUAAAGUCUGGGGCCAUUGCUAUAGUAACGAAGAAGAAGUAGUAACAUACGUUGCGAAAAUGCUUUUCUUUAUAGCAGCAUCCCACUUCUUAGAUGCACAUCAGUCUGUAUUUUCAGGUAUUGCAAGAGGGUGUGGGUGGCAAAAGAUAGGUGCGUUUGUGAAUUUGGGAACCUUUUAUCUCUGGGGAAUACCUGCUGGUAUGGUGUUAGCUUUUGUCUUCCAUUUUGGAGGAAAGGGACUUUGGUCGGGAAUCAUUCUGUCGAUAUCUGCACAAGCGCUGAUUUACUCCGCUGUUAUUCUGAGAACGAAUUGGGACAAACAGGCAAAGAAUGCAGCAGAUAGGGUAACUCAAGAAUCAACAUGGAAUCAACAUUAAGCACAAAGCAAAUGAAACCAUCCAAGUAUAUGUUGUUCGUACUCUUCAAAAGUGUUGCAGCACUCAUGCCAGAUCCUCCAAAUAUGUUUAGGAAGGAUCGAUUUUGUGUUUUUCAUUUCAUGUAGUAGCGUUUGAUUGGACAUGUUGUAAUGACCCUUCAGGUCAUUUUUCAUAUUUAUGCUUAU